AUGGAUAGCAACCGAUCCACCAUACCGGACCCUCCACCCAUCGAUCCCAAGCUGCCAGACCCCCCCGAUCCAACUCCACAUCACCAGACAAUCACCUCGAACCACUCAACGAUACCCCCUGAAGCGGAUCUGGUGAGGUUGCUUGGAACUUUGCAACUCUCGUCACGUUCAAUAGAAACAUCCAGUCGCCAAGCUGAGGAUGAAAGCUAUGGCCAGGGAGGAGACGGCGGCGUCCUCUACGUCGGCCUCGCCGACGCGCGUCGCGGGCCAAGAACAGGGGGCCACCACCAGCGGCGGCUCUGGGUCAAGAAUUGGUCUCGCACAUGGUGGGACCGGUGCAACAGCACUGACUUUUUGGAGGAGGAGUUCCGGCAUGCCUUCAGGAAGGGGCGGGAGAUGUUCGUCAUGAUCUGCGAUGCCCUGGGCUCCUCGGUGGCCAAGGAAGACACCAUGCUGCGCGCCGCCAUCCCGGUCCAUCACUGUGUCGCCAUCUGCAUCUGCCGCAUGGUCACGGGGGAGCUGCUCCUCCUAUGGUCCGACAAGGCCGCGGUGGCACGAUUCGAGGAGAGCUUCGAGGGCAGCUCAGCCGUUGCAGGCGUCGACUUCGCUCUGGAGCUCGCAGCUGGGUCCAGGGGCCCCUUGCAAGUGACGAACCUCGUAGCGGCAAUCCUGAAUGGAUGCCUGCAGCUACUAACACAGAGACUACGCCUGGUCCAGACCACGCCUUCCUCUUCGUCAGUGAGGAUGGCAGGAUCUUCGUAUCAAACACCAUACAUCUGA